UUCAUUCCGGAAUUCAAACAGGUAGCAUCAACGUAGAGUUCGCACAGACCUACGUCAUAACUUUGGCAGCCUCUCAGUAUUUCAAAGAUCAAAUACCUGCAGUUGCCGUAAGGUUUCUUUAGCAUGUUUCAGGGCGGUCUCGUUGCGAGCAUUGCUUCUAAACGGCUUCGAAUGAACUGAGUAUUGAUGGGUAAAGUAGAUGAUUGAUAACGGCUUAUUCACUUGUGAAUAUCAUUAUUGACUAUGUUAUUUAGGUGACUUUUUCAAUAUUGAACUUUGUACCAGUGAUCGAGCUGCUGAAUUCUCAAGUGGUAAAUCACCCAUGGGAAUAAGUGUGAUCCACUGCUGCUGUUUUAUCGCAUUAUUAGUGCCAGUCUGUGCUGUGAUGUGCUACCAGUGCAAGGAGAGCCGAUAUGCAGCGUGCAGCGACACAUUUGACGUUCACAACAACAGCACUCUAAUACAGAUUGUACAAUGUAAUGAAGGAUGCAUGAAGUGGGUAGUAUAUCAUGACAGUGGUAGCCAAACUGUAGAAAGAGGUUGUGCUGCUCAAAGAACAUUUGAAGAUCGGUGUUCACAUGAAGUGCAAGAGCAACUCCAUGGCAGCCAUUGUUACUGUUCACAAGACCUGUGCAACCAAAGCAGUAUUCCUCUAACAAACUCCUGGAUCAUUCUUCUACCUUUACUUGGAAUAGAAAUAAUUUCAAGACACAUUUAAGGAAAGCUUUAUUUUGGAGCAUCUAUCUUUUUAUGAGGCAGGCUACAGAAAAAUUACAGAUGGGAACCACUGAAACACAAAACAUGUGGAUGUUAUCAUGUUGGCGUUCAGCUGCACUAAUUAAAAAAUUGUUUCUCAUGUUGCUAAUGGAUUAAAUAUUGUACAUUAAAAAAAAAAAAAAAAGAAAAGAGAUAUGAAUAAAUUAUAAUGAAACUCCA